AUGGCUUUACUCACUCUUGCUCUUUACAAGGCAUACGAGUAUCUCAAGUCUUCUCUGGGUGCCAAAGGCAUUCAUCUUGUACAGGUCUGUGUUGAGGACCAAGCCCAGUAUUAUGUUUUUGUUGUCGUGUUUUGCGCUGUAAGGCUAGGAUACCUCUUUAUCACUGAUACAUUUGCUGCGAAUGUUCUGAAUGCGGCCGGGAGCCCAGCUAUCCUGUGCAUACUUGGAAGCCGACUUCUGGUCAAUCUAAAAGAGGCGGGUGAGAAGGGUGCAAACAGAGGGGUGACAGACGAGUUGACAACGAUUAGUGAUAUGCAGUUCUCGUAG